CAGAUACUUGGUGAUCAAUGUACAAGAGGUUGUAGAUUUUGUUCUGUUAAAACCAACAAGAAGCCUCCCCCUCCUGAUCCAAAUGAGCCUGCAAACACUGCUGAAGCCAUCAGGCGCUGGGGAUUAGAUUAUAUUGUCAUCACCUCUGUCGAUAGAGAUGGCAGGUUGUGUUAGAAUAUGCAUGUGUGUGCAUGGCUAGUCAGGGUGGAGUAUUGUUUGACAAGACACAAAAUGACAUACAGCUGCAUGGGGGACUAGAGGCAUGUUGGCAGACAUUCUUUCUUGCUUUUGUUGCCUUAAGAUGCAAAAUAUUUAUUGAAAGAUCUUCGCCACCCUGUUGUCCAUCACAUAUAUGAACUAAAAGUGAACAGCGGCCUUUUCAGUCACUUGUAAUAAAGGAACUAUAAAGUUGGCAUUAAAAUACAUGUAACUUUCAAUAGGCAAAGAAAGUUUUAAUGGCAUUAGAGCAAGACAAACUGUUUGUUAAUUUUGUUUUUGAUUUCAAGUUGCAUCUGAUCUGUGAAAACAUAGGUGAUGUGUCAAAAUCAAAUCAAAGUAGGGUUUUUUAAUCUUGAAAAUUUGAUCCAUGAGUCACUGUUAAUAGGUUUUUUAAAACCAAAUUUUGAAUUUCAAACCCUUUAAGAAGUGUUUAUUUUUCAAGAGGUGGGUUGAUUUGGCUUCAAAUGCGAAAUAGCAUUAUGAUAUGUCAUGUCAUUUUGGUUAAACAGAGUAUUUAUGUUUGUCUCCAUUGGACAUGAUGGUUUUCUAGGUCUAGGGAUAACGUUUUUUGUUGCAAGUGCACUUUUGCCUUCAUAUUGACUCCUUCAAAAAGAUGCAUUUUUCUUUUUCUUUCUUUGUGGGCAUCCCCCUUUUCUUACCACUCUUAUUAUUAGCCAUAAAGGACAGAAGUAAAUUUUUUUGUUUAAAGUAUAUACAGAUAUGCACCAAUCAAACCUAGUCUCUAACAUUGUACAUUUAAGUCAUACCAUUUUUUAUUUAUCAAAAGCAAAAGACAUUGUUGGACUUAACUUGAGUUUGGAUUGUGUAGAGAUAGAAAAGAUACAAAAAUUUCAGUCGGCAAAAGGAAAUGGGGACAAGGUUCAUGAACCAAAAGGCUCAUUCACUGGCUAGUUUUAGAGUGAAAGCUUUUAUUACUUAGGUAUAGGUAAUCUGUUCCUGUUUGUUUCCUCCAAAUCCCUCACAUUAUGCAUAGCGUGAGUUCUUGUUAAGUUGAGUGUCUUACUCCACUUAAUUCCAGAUUUACCUGAUGGUGGAGCUGCACAUUUUGCAGAGACAGUCACUCAAAUAAAAACGAGGUAAAUAUAAACAGAUGCAUCAGCUACAUAAUAGGUAAUUAGAAUGAAUGAGUGUUGUAUACAUGUAACUGAUGCACACUGUUUUCUCAAUAUUACCUAUCUGUUUUAGGAGUCCAAACAUACUUGUUGAAUGCUUGACAGGAGAUUUCCGAGGUGACAUGAAAGGUGUAGAAACUGUUGUAAAAUCAGGGCUUGAUGUCUACGCUCAUAAUGUUGAGACAGUUGACAGGCUGCAGCUGUGAGUAUAAUCAAUUUAGUCUUUUUUGUUGGACUGUUGAAUUUUUCCUCAACUCAUGCAGAAGUGUUGUAACGGUAGUUAAAAAAUGCGGCUUUCGUGGCAGAGGCAAAGAUUUGUUGAUGUUCGUUUACUGGUAUGAGUAGAGGUGCAUGCCCUCAUUAAAAUCAACCCUUUAAACCCUAAGAUCAAAAUUUUAUUCUCACUAUUUUGUUGCCCCUAUUCAUUUCCUACUAAGUAGUGGGGAGAAGUUGAUAAGGUAUCAAGCGAAUUCAUCUUGUGUGAUCAUGUCUGUAAUUCUCAUGACCACUCUGUUUUACAAAGCAUUGAUAUUAUAGGGAGAAAUUCGAUGCUGAUCACUCUUAAGGUGAUGUUACACAGGUCGAUUUGCAACGACGAUUUUUAGCGCAACACAGCAUUACAACAUUGUUGUUACAUUGUUUCAAAUGGCUGCAAUAUUGUUCCAACAUUUGAACGCUGUGUUGCACUAAAAAUCGUUGUUGCGUAUCGUCCCGUGUAACAUCACCUUUAAGGCUUAAAGGGUUAAACCAACUCUCUGUGUCUGCAUAUCUGACAAAACCAUCAUCACAUGCGAUAUCGAAAAGAUAAAACAAUUUGUGGGGUAACCACAUCAUUACGUAGUUUCUGGUCAGGUAUUAACCCAUUCAGCCUGAUCCGCCCAUAACCACCUAUGCAGAUCCUAUUUACCGCUUGUCAUGUUAUCAAUUUUAACAGUCACUAACGACUUUGACAUCUACCUUGCGCAGGGGGAACUGAACAGAUUUCUAAAACCAUACCUAAAUGAGUAUGAUUCAGUCCAACAGGCCUGAGAAAAUUGCAAGAAACCAAGUAAAGUUGACGCGAAAAUUCCGAUGAAAUUCUUGUUCCAUGACCCUACUGCUAAAGAGGCGAGAAAGCAAAAGGUAGAGGUCGAGAGGGCAGGGUUAGAGUAAGAAACGUUGGUUUCUGUGCAUGCCGGAAAUUCGGAAGCUGUUACUUAGAAACCUCAAAGUGCUCGACCCAUAAACAAUGUUUUUGGCUUUAUUUGUCCGUCCAGUGACCAGAAAACGGCUUGACCAACUUGAAAUAGCGUUUUUCGGUCGGUAGGAACGGGUUAACAAAAAUUAAUAUGCCGCUUUUGUAUGUACUGGAACUCUCCUUUACUUUGAAUUGGAUAUAUGCAUGUCUAGGUGUACGUGCUUUUCAAUAAAAAAAUCCCUGUUUUACGGCAGACUUGUGCGCGACCCGAGAGCCAACUAUAAACAGUCAUUAGAGGUGCUGAAACAUGUGAAAAGAAUUCAACCAAACAUGGUAACCAAGAGUUCUUUGAUGCUGGGACUGGGUGAAACUGAUGAUGAAGUGUUUCAGGCCAUGAAAGGUAAACAUUAUCUUAUUCAAAUUAAUUCACCAUUUUCGGUCAACUGCUUUUUUUUAAAAAAACCGUAGAACUAAAUUGCAAUUGUUCACAAAAAGAGAAGUUUUUAAUUAUUUAUCUUACGCUUUACCCCAAAUAAAAAGUUUACCCUUUUUAGGGGGUGGGUGAACGUUUUUCUAGGUCCACAUUUUUUUGGCCUUUUUUGAUAAUGGUGGAAGAAAACGAGCAGUGCUUGCUGCAAAUUAAUGUCUCUAACAGUAGGAGAAGUAAAUCAGGCAGUUAGUUUCAUUUAUUGCGAAUGGAUUUUUUUUCAAAUACCUCGUUUUUGUGGCUUACAGAUCUGCGUGAGGCCAAGGUAGAUUGCGUGACAUUAGGGCAAUACAUGCAACCGACAAAGCUGCAUCUGAAGGUACCGUAAUUUAGAACGUUUGCUGUGGAUCAUCCUCUUCUCGUUACUACGAUUUUUAGCUGGCAUUGUCACAGUAAAUGGCUUGAGAGCAAGCAAUCGGGUGGGGAUGGUCGGGCAGGAAAAGAGCGUUUUCUCCCCACCCCAUCCCCUCCUUUCUUGCGAGAGUUUGCUGGCAGGCUCAAAUUAAAAACUUUGUUAUAACAAGUUUCUUAACUGGCUGAUCUUUGGUGCCCAUUUAAUGCACUUAUUUUCGCCCACAUCAUUUUCGUGCAGGUUACAGAGUAUAUCACCCCUGAGAAGUUUAAGCAUUGGGAGACAGUAGGAAAUGAGCUAGGCUUUGCAUACACCGCCAGCGGGCCACUUGUACGGUCAUCCUACAAGGCUUGUGAGUACAAAACUGACCCCCAAACCUUCAUAACCCUUCAUAAGAGACGCAUGCCAGAAAAAAGAAACUGCAGGUGCAAAUUAAAGAAGCAAACUUACAGCUCGAUUGCAAGUUUCUAUAGAAGUUUAAAUAUUUAAUCACCUCUUCGUGUUGUAGAAUACUAAUUUUCUUAUUCGUAACUACAAUCUACAGUCAAAAUUGUUUGAUCUGAUUGGCAAUGGCAACUGGAAGUCCUUAUUGCAGGAUUACAUUUAACUGGGCGGAUUAACUAGACAGUAGGGGGCAGUUGCAUUCGAAUGGGGUUUUUCCUUACAACUAUAGUACAGUGACGAUGACGAUACGAUGACCAUAAUGAUGAUGAUGACGAUGACGACGACGACGACGAUUAUGAUGAUGAUGAUGGUGGUGGUGUUCGCGGAGAUGCAAUGCUGUCCCCAGGGAUUAUCCUGGGGACGGACGAGGUUGGUGUUGGUGUGAUGACGACAACGAAGACGAAGGUGGCGAUCAUUCUAGGCUUAAUGUGAAGAGCCGUAAUAUACAAAAACAUAGCUUAAUAUAGUGCAUAUGUCUGAUCCAACACAGGGGAGUUCUUUCUGACAAACUUGCUGAAAACAAGAGGAAGCGAAAUAACAGAAACAUGA